AUGACAAAUAAGCUGUCAUAUUCCCAAACAGGAAAACUGGGAUCACCUGAUUUGAAAGUGGGAUAGCUUCUUCAUCCUAUCUCCUAUGAGAUUUAUUCGACUUCCUGGUGAUUCUCCACUACUUUAUGUAUCAAAAUCAAGCUUCUUAUAUCGCGAUUCAUCCUUGAUGAGGACCUAAAGUCAGUAGCUGGACCACCAACUCAUGAGAUCAACCAUACAAGCUACAUUGGAGCCAGCAGCGACAUAGGUGCACUCAAAGAAGGAUAUCUUUGCAACCAUAAGGAAUUUAACCGUGAAACCAGUUUCUAUAGAUUCUCAACUCAACCAGAGCACGCAGCGAAUUGGUUUCAUACCAAAAAGAGUAAUGGUUUAGGAGAUAUGCCAGUUACAAGUCAGACUAUCUACACUGCAUCCGAAUUGGUUCUAAUUAAGGAAAGUAAUUCUUUGCUUAAGGAGUGUGCAACUCAAACUCACGUGUGGAAACCAGGAGAUUAUUCAUUACAUCUAAGAGCAGUGGGAGAGUUUCUACCAUGCACCAGCAGCCACAUGAUCAAGAUGAAUCCCUUAUUUGUCAACUUACCUUACAUGGAUGCAUUCACACUUGGAGUUAUUAAAGACCAACGGCUCUUUCCCCUUCUGUUCAGGCACGACUUAGAGACUAUCCAGACAUCAAAGGAGAUCCCACGGAUGCAUUUAUUUCUGCCCAAACUCACAAGAUACAAGGAGAGAAGACAACUUCCAUACAUGGACAGAUUCUGCACCAACUAAGUCCAACGGCUAGUUUUUUCACUUAUUAUUUCUUUCCAAGUUAUUCUUUUAGGCAUUUGUGUUCUUUUCUAUUUAAACAGAGCUAAGUCUCAUUUGUAAAUCACCCUUGCACGAAAUUAAUAAAGUAUUAUUCAGUUUACAAAGUUUGUCUUUGUUUUGUUCAAUUAGUCUUUAGGUGGAUUCCUUUAGAUUUCUUGUCCGUUUGCUUGUCUCCUUAGUUUGUGGAUUCAUUCUAGGAUACAAGUGUAGGUCUCUGUCUUUGUGUGGAUUCACAUAGGCGCAGGCUUCUGGUCUUAUCAAAGGGAUAUUUCCGCAACCCUUUGUGGCGACAAUCGACCCAUUCAAGCUUGACAACUCUUGUUGCCUUGUGAUCUAGCCUUUGUUAGCUUAGGCUUGUAUCAUUUUUGGUAUCAGAGCUUCAAAAGCUCCUAUCUAUCAGGUUAUAUCUAUCCUUGUCUCUAUUCAUUUGCAUUUGUUUAUUUGUUUCAUCUCUUUUGCAUUUGUUUCAUUUAUAAAAUCAUAUAAAAAAAAAACCAUAAAAAUUGUUUGCAAUUUCUGUCCAUUUUUGCAUUUGCUUGUUCUUGGUGUUAAAACCAGGGAGGCACGACAAAGAUGACCAUUUACUUUCUUUGAUUCAUAUAAAUUUGAAAAUCCAAAAGAAAUCGUGUUUGCAUUAGUUGUUUCCUUAGUUUCCAUUUCGGUUUAUUCACUUACUAUAAAAAAAAAAGGUCAAUUUUGUUUCUUGCUUCUUUUAAAUUCUAAAAAUUAUAAAACCAGAAUAAAAAGUUAAUUUCAUUGUCUUAGUUUUAUAUAUUUCGUGUUUCCAUUAAAAAAAAAACAAAAAAAAAAGUGAAUUCUUUUUCAUUUGUUUUAAUUUUCCAAAAAAAAUAAAUAAAUAAAUAAAAUAAAAACAAGGAGAUACUAAGUUUCCAUUUUUUUGUUCUUUCUUAUUCUUCUCUCCUUUCUUUUGCUAAGCCACGACUUAAUUCCUUUUUCUUCUGUUUGUGCAAGGCAAACUCUGAGAAAAGAUAGAGAAGACGCCAAUGGAGGAUUACUCAGAAGAAGAGGCUGAAGAAUACAACACGUCUGAGGUAGAUUGGGGAGAAGAAGCUGACCAGGAUUGUUGGGACGAUGGAGAUGACCACACUGAAGGUCAUUGGUGCGCAGACUCUGUUCCAGAGUAUGUCCCAAACGAUGAACAAGAAUACCCAGAGGUGGAACCAGAAUCAAUGGACCAGUAUUCAACUUGCUAUGGUCCCAAAUCCCAACUCAUCUAUGAGGAUAGUUCUGAAGGGAAAUAUUAUUCUCAAGCGUGUCCUAGAAGAGAAAAGACCACCGUGGCUGCACCAUCAAGAUCUUAUCAUGGGAGUCUAUCAAGACAUGCUCACAGCACGCCAUGGAACUACAAUGGAGAUCAGUUUUAUCAGAAUCGCUUGGCUGCACCAUCUAUACAUUUUUCUGGUCAUAAGCAAGGACCAAGUGCAUAUCUAAGGUGGGAGGACGACAUGGAGCAAUGGUUUAUAGCUUGGAGAAUUCCAGAGAAGCUAAAGCUAACUUAUGCGAAGGAUACCUUAACCGGAGAGGCAUACAAUUGGUGGAGUCAGCUAGAUGCUGAUAGGAUCUAUUUCAAUGAUCCGGCUUUUACUUGGAAAGAGGUUAAGAUGCUCAUGUAUAGUGAGUUUGUGAAGAAGGCAAAAUACAUUCAGAAGGUGUCCACAAGGAGAUUAAUAAAGCACCAAGUCUUGCAACCCACAGUUCAGAGAGAAGUUGUUUCCCAAAGACAAAGUUCAAGGCCAGUGCAUCCACCUCAAGUCAAACGAAACCAAGGUGAGCACUCUAACUCUUUAAAACCAUCUGAGGUUAUUUGUUAUAGGUGUCAAGGCAAGGGCCAUCUAGCAAAGGAGUGUCCCACAAAACGAGUUGUGAAGUCAGUAGUAUCUGAAGCAAAAGAAACAAACUUGGAGGUAAGUGAUUCCGAUACUAGAAUUGAUGAUUCCUUUUCUAGAAUGGAUAAACAUAUUGAUGAUCUUAUCAACUUGAUUAAAGCUAGAUCUACUUCUGUUUCUAGUAAUUCCAUGACUGUCUUAACACACUUGUCUAGCGCCCAAAAGGUUGAAAGUAUUUCAGGUACUAACAUAGAAAUCAAGGAACAAGAGCCCAACCUUGCUGCGCAAUCAAGUCCAACACUUGAUAAGGUGAUUUCUGAACUUAAAGUGAAUAAUCUUACUUAUCAAAACACUGGUAUGAUGCACUUGCACUCUGUCCAGAAUGUUGAUGAAGGUCUAGGUAAUGAGGAGACACGUACAGAAGCUAAACAACAAGAGAAUAAUGAGCAAUCUACCCUAGAGACCUCUACACCAGCUGAUCAAGCUUUAGAGGUAGUAAAUACCAAAGCUGAAUCAAUGCAAGAUAACCAGGUAAGUGAAGCUCUAAAUCUUACUCAAUAUUAUAUUUUUGAAUCGUCCACUUCAAGUAUGAAACACUUGCUCUUGCCCAUAAGUGAUGAUUCAGAUAUAGGUACAAUGGAGAAGCAUCCAGAACCAAACUCACAACCUUACACCCAAGCAGUGGUCAAUGGAGAAACCAAUUGUGAAAUAGGAGAUUUCGAAAAGGAGACCACGAUCCUUCCAAGGGAAAUCAUAGACCGACCAUGGAAAGGGGGCAUAGCUUCCCUACUGAUCAAAGAAGAACCACCAGAUGGACAAUGCAUCACAAAACCGUGCAUAUACCAAGGUAAAUUGGUUUUGAGGACAAAACCUUUUGAAGAGGGAGGGAAUGAUGAGGACCUAAAGUCAGUAGCUGGACCACCAACUCAUGAGAUCAACCAUACAAGCUACAUUGGAGCCAGCAGCGACAUAGGUGCACUCAAAGAAGGAUAUCUUUGCAACCAUAAGGAAUUUAACCGUGAAACCAGUUUCUAUAGAUUCUCAACUCAACCAGAGCACGCAGCGAAUUGGUUUCAUACCAAAAAGAGUAAUGGUUUAGGAGAUAUGCCAGUUACAAGUCAGACUAUCUACACUGCAUCCGAAUUGGUUCUAAUUAAGGAAAGUAAUUCUUUGCUUAAGGAGUGUGCAACUCAAACUCACGUGUGGAAACCAGGAGAUUAUUCAUUACAUCUAAGAGCAGUGGGAGAGUUUCUACCAUGCACCAGCAGCCACAUGAUCAAGAUGAAUCCCUUAUUUGUCAACUUACCUUACAUGGAUGCAUUCACACUUGGAGUUAUUAAAGACCAACGGCUCUUUCCCCUUCUGUUCAGGCACGACUUAGAGACUAUCCAGACAUCAAAGGAGAUCCCACGGAUGCAUUUAUUUCUGCCCAAACUCACAAGAUACAAGGAGAGAAGACAACUUCCAUACAUGGACAGAUUCUGCACCAACUAAGUCCAACGGCUAGUUUUUUCACUUAUUAUUUCUUUCCAAGUUAUUCUUUUAGGCAUUUGUGUUCUUUUCUAUUUAAACAGAGCUAAGUCUCAUUUGUAAAUCACCCUUGCACGAAAUUAAUAAAGUAUUAUUCAGUUUA